UGAAUCAAUGAUAAAAACCAAUGCCAGUCCUUUUGGGGUGUGCACAUCCACGGGCAGAAUAUUUGAUUUUCUUGAAGAUGGAGGCAAAUUUGGGUCCAAAACAAGCGAUGAUCUUGGUGCUGAGAAAUAACACAGAGUCAGUAGAAAGGCAUGUGCAUCAGUGUUGAGCUUCUGUGUGUAUUCAUGGACACUAUCAACAACAAAAUCUCUUGGACUGAGAGGACUCUGAAUCUAAAUGAAUUGGCAGCAUCCAGGGGAAUUUUAGUCAUUUAGAAACUGCUGAAAAUUCCAGUGGCUUUCCUCCAGCACUUGUGGUUAGGUUAUGUAUUAAAUAUUUGCUGCUGUAAUGCUACAGGGGACCAUUUACAUAAUAGAACUGGUAGCUUAUAAAAACUACUGGACUAAUCCAUGAUAUGAAGUUGGCUGAGUAGUCUGGAAGUCAGUUAAAGCAGGAAGUAGCACUGAUACUGAAUCUGGGGACAGACGUCUCACAGAAAGGAAUUCUUAAGGCUGCGACUGUAAAAUCACAUUGAGUUACCGUGGUGCCAACAUUUUCCAGUUAGCCCUCCCAACCUGAUAGCAAACACUUGGCUCUUGCUAGGAGUAUGAGGAAAAUGAAGCAUGCCUGCUGCCGAUUCUUUGGAAGGAGAAAGCUGCAGGGAGCAUCUUGUGGUGAGAAUACAUCAAUGCUUCCCAAAGAGGCUCAAAAGGAGAGAGACAAGCAGAAAUCAAAGAGGAUAAAGAGAGUGAAAAGUAUGGCAAGCAAAUUGCUGAAGAAUUUGUCCUCUGUGAAGGAGGAAACUGAAGAGAAGCCUGUGGACAAAGAGUCUGGUGGGAGGCAGUAUCUCUCAGAUCGAGCCAUUUGUGAAUUGAUAAAUCAAGCAAAAUUUCUUGAAGCUUGUAAUCACAUUUAUGACCUGGAACAAUCUGAGCAUAAGAGUGAAAUGGAGAUUGACUCACUUUACAAAAAAGUAGCAGAAAAAAUGUGGUUAGUUGUGCAAGAAGAAAUCAGUGGAGGUAAUAGUAUGUUACUGGAGCCACUGAAAUCAGUAGGUGCAUCACUGAAGUGGGAGAAAGAGAAAGAAAAAGAAUGGUUUGACAGCGUCAAAGACAUGGAAUCUGUUUCAACUUGGAGCCCAAAAUACUGGAAUAAAGAUCUGGAGAAACUGCUAAUGGUGUGCAUGGAAACACAGAUUCCCUCCUUUGUGUCUGCUAGCAACAUAGAUGAGUCUGCAUUAAAAGAUCAUCUAAGUCAGUUGGAAACCACAAUUCUUCCCAACCUGAGAUGUAAAAGAGAUGUCUUCAAAGAAGCAGGAUUGCUCACUACCUAUACAAAAUGUUGUAAUGCCUGUUUGUCUUCUCAUCUUUCCGCACUUAUAGACGGUGAUAUGAGCUUCAGCAAAUGUCUUCUCAUUUACGAAUGGGGCUUUAAUAUGUACAGAAGUGAGAAGCUGCUGAUGCUGCACUGGACUCCACAGCAGAGGCUCUGUUCUGAUGCACAUGUUCUCAAGUGGAUUUUUUCAAAUGUGGAGGAAAAGCUGCUCACAGUCACCCAGAAGGAAGUGAGAGAAGCACUCAGACAAGCAAUUACCGUGGGGGAAAAAUCCUGUUCAGACACUACAAUCAUUCAGGUAUUAACUGGGAGGGCACAGGCAGCCCAGCAUAUCAGUGAUACCAUAAAAGACAAGGUGGAAGCUGUAUGUUUGGAAGAACUUCUGCAUUUUCUGCAUCGCUAUAAACAUGAAGUAAGAAGCCUUCUCCAACUUGACACCUUUUCUGAGCCCUACAGCAAUCUGCAAAUACUUGAGACCUGCUGCAUUUUCAGAGCUGCUUGGCAUAAGCUAACAUACAUCUACAGUGCUAGUGCUGACACUGAUGCUAAAGUGAAGGAAUUUAUAGACAGUACAGAAGAACAGAGCAGAGAACUUCUUCUGCAGGCAAUUACUUCUAAAGUCAAGGUGGCAUUGAAGGAUCACUUCAGAAAAGAUAAUAGUGAUUUUGACAAAUUUCUAGACUGUUUACGGUCAAGUUUUUCAAAGUUUGAGAUGAAAAAUACAGAGACCUAUGAGACCCUCAUCCAGACUGUCCAUCACAUCAUUGUUACUGAGUAUGUUCAGGCUCUCCGAACUCCUUCAGGGAAAUCAUCUUCUGCAAAGCGGAGGAAAAUUGCCAACAAAAUUGAAGUGGAUCACCAGGCAAUUCAAACCCUCUUUGAAGAAUGCUUCGGCCCCAGAGCUGCUUCAUUGGAUGACCCUAUUAAAGGUAUCCUAGAUUUUAUUCUUCUUUCUGACAUCGAAGCAAUGAAAAUACAGCUUGUGCUUCUUCUCCACAAGUUUCCAGAUAUAAGGAAAGAACAUCUGAAUAUAAUCUUGGACAUCAAGGGAUCUCUCAAUGGGACAGACAGAAAUGCUGUGUUGGAGGUGGUUUAUGAUAAUUGUGUGGGAAUUGAAAGAGGACACAAUUCCUUUUUCGAAGCGAUAGAAAUAAAGACUGGAAAAUAUGGCAUCUGCGGCUGCUGCUUCUGCUGUUAGUAAAGGUCUAAUACUGGAAAGUCAGAAGCCUGGAUCACAAAGGCUCCAUCAUCAUCAUCAGGCAACAUCUUAGAUCACAGCUACUUGAAAGUUACGAGGAAUAGCAAACAGUAUUUGUCUGCUGAAAACAACCCGUAGGCCAUGCGAGAACAUGUGCCAGAGUGUUCAUGACAAGAAGAUCACAUAAACCCAAACUGUGGUUCCCUGCACAAAGUCCGACUGAAAGGGGGAAUGCACAUGGUUAGUGGGGUAGAAUCCUCCCUGAAACCUGCAGCUAGAUUCUUGCUUAGCUGGGCUAUGGCUGCUAGGGAGAGAAGCACCGGACAGAGCCACAUCUUGCUUUGGUAGGCGAUUGGGUCAGUAAGCCCCUGCCAUUUCCCCACUUAUCUCACAAUGCUCCUUUCCACAGUCCUGCACAGAGAGCCACUAUGUAGCAUGUUCUGCGGCAUGCAGAGAGCUGCGGAACCCUUCUGGCACAUGGUUACCAACUAGCAUCCUGCUCAGCUGGCAUUUCUACAGCAGUUGGGGCCUUGUGCGCCCACAGAGAGGAAGCAGGAUGUGGCACGUAGCUUUUGUGUCCCAUUCAGUUGCUUGAAUGGAAAGCCAUACUAAUAGCACAGAACUUCUCUCAGUCCCUAGUAGCCCAUUGCAAUGGAUUGUGGACAUAGUGCAAUUAGUAUCUUCAUUUUUAUAACUGGCUUCAGAGCUAAGUUUGGCUUUCCAUUCAUAUAACUCAGUUUACUGAAAAUUUCCCCUGCUGUAAAGCUCUAAUUUCUUUAACGUGGGAAUUUUUGCUGUGGAAAUCUCAUGUGCAGUGGACAAUUAAAAUAGCUGUUUCCGCUAAUCCUCUGGGUUGGUGUGAACUGCUUUCAGAUGUGAAUAGACAAGAAGCACAGUAUGGGAAAAUAAUAGCCCUUCUUUUUGCCCAUGUAUAGGCUGGUCAUAAUCUCAGAGCUGGAUUUGGUUCAACGCCUCAUUUGCUAUUGUGUUAAUAUAGGUCACUGCCAUUCUGGUGCUCUCUGACAAGUGUAAACAAAUUAGCCAUGCAGAAAAGAACUGCUAUAUCAGACACUCUUCAACUCUUAUAGGCAGCCAUUCUGCAUCAGUGACAGCUUCCUCAAACAUGGCCUUUCACCCCUGUUUUGUUGACAGUUCAGCGUACUCAUGAUUAAUUAUCAAUGGAACAAGAGAAGCAAGUUGGUUGAUUUUUGUGCAUAUGAAAAACUUGUAAUCAAGCUGCCCUGUGAGAUGUUUGGGGGAAAGUACCCUAAAUCCAAAUGAAAUUUUAAAAGGUGUCACACCACAAAACUAUGAACCCUCAUCUGUGCUCUUUGCUGAGUCUGAAAGCUCAUUUUUUCAAUAAACUAGAUUUUAAAGGCCAGAUUCUGCUGCCUUACUCCUGGUGAAUGGUACCUCACUCUACAAGUAGUCCCAAUAGACCUGUUCCAAGUAAGGUGAGACACAGUAGGCAAAUAUGUGGGUUUUAAAAAACAAGUCAAACAACUUUAGAAUUACCAUGUAAUCUGCUUUAAGUGACCUUUCAAGGACCAACAAACAUCAGCUGAGUUACAGGGGUUGUUCAUUAACUAGUCUACAGGUGGCACAACACCAUACCAAAAAGUUGCUCUCCCUUGUUUGCCAUUUCAGCUUGAACUCUUAAUUCACCUUUCCCUGUGCAGCUCUGCCCUGGCCUAUGCCUUGGAUCUGAUCUGUUAACAUGGCCCUUGUCCUUUCCAUGUCAGUCAUCCAAUGUGCCCCAUCUCUUCAGGGACUCAAAAACAUUUCUUGAAUUUGUGUCGGUUUGGUCAAAUUGGUGAGAAAACCAAACAAAAUCCCUUAAAAAGGACU